AUGGCGCCAAAGAAGGCAGAGAUCGAAGGGAAGAAGAUGGAGGAGGCACAGUCUUCAACCCCAGAGUGGUCACACAGUCCGGCGCUGGACGCUUGCGCGGCGGGCGACUUCUGGCGCGAGCUGGCGGGCGCGCACGGUGGGUGCCGAACUGGGCGAGCGGCGGACUCAGAUGCAGAGCCGUUGCGCGCGGGCAGCGUGCUGGUGUGGCGCGCGCGGGAGCCUGGGCGGCGAGCGCAGGCGUGGGCCCCGAGCGGCGGCGCGCGGAGCGCAGAGCGGGGCUCAGGCGUAGGCGCGGCUCGGGCGCUGGGCGGCCUGAGCGAGCGGCAGCGGCCCCAGGCAGUGCGCGGGAGCAAUCGGGCCCAGGACGGAGCGGCGCUGUGCGCGGACGCGGAGCGCGCGCAGCUGACGCCGACUUCGGCUGCCCCAGCCCCCGAGGCACUAGCCCUCGAGGGGUCGAUGCCCACGGAGCCAGCCCCCGGGGCCGACACCGCGCUGCCCGACCUGCCGCCUCCCGAGCUCCAACAAGUCGAGGCCGGGGCCGGUAGCGAGAAACAGGUCGGGGCCCCUGGCGCCGCUCCAACAGAUGGGGCAGGUGCCCAGUGUCUGAUUACUGAAGAAACCGUGGGAACUUCCGGGGGACCCGAUGAGCUGCUGCUGACCGGGUCGGGUAGUCAAAAAGCCGUUGCCACAGACCUGACAGACGACCUGCUACCGACGGAUGAUGAUGUCGAUAUCCUCAAGAAGGCGCAUGACUUGACCAUGAGUAUGGUCGCCCGCUCCCGGAAGCAGGCGGAGGAGUUGAAGACCCUUGCCCGCGACCGUAAGGAACUCGAGGCCCUGAGGAUGCGCCUUGAUGACGAGAAGACGGAGAAUCCGCUCAGGAUGUAG